AUGAGUCGUUCAAAUAUUAGUAUGAUGGACCUUCCUGACGAAAUGAUUUUAGCUAUUUGGAAUAAACUGAGUAAAAUUGAUGUACUAUAUUCAUUUGUGGGUGUUCAUCAAAGAUUCGAUAGAUUGGUUCUUGAUAAAACCUACACUCAGUCUAUUGAAUUAAUAAAUUCAAAUGUUAAACAUAAACAUUCAAUGAUUGUUUCAAUACUUGAUCGUUUCUAUUCAUAUAUAUUACCUCAAAUACAUAAAUUUGUUGAAAGUCUCACUCUUGAAUCAAUCUCAAUGGAACGAGUUCUUUCUGUUGGUACUUAUCAUCAUUUACGAAAGCUAACAAUCAUCAAGAUCGAUCAAGAGUUUGCAUUAUGUCAUUUUACUGAUGAGUCUCCUUUUAGUGAAAUUUUUAAAAAACAAAUAACUCAUCUAACAGUUUCAAUCAUUGAUGCAGAACCAACAUCAUCAUUGAUUGAUUUGACCACUAAUAUUUUUGCUCGGAUCUUUUCCUUAUUCAAAAAUUUAACUGUAUUAGAUUUCGGCUCGACUGGUCGUCGACGACAUUAUUCACGAUUAAAAAUAUUUGAUCCAUCUUUAAUGAUUUGUUUCUCACCGAAUAUUGUUCAUUUACGUAUUGGUGUGGAUACAUUUGAUGAGUGUUUAUGUUUACUUGAUGGUCGUCUGAAUUAUUUACGAAGAUUCGUCGUUCGAAUUUCCAAAAUCUAUGCUUCCAAAUUGACCAUCGAUAAUAGAGUUUUAACGAAUUUGAAGAGUUUUUCACUUACUUCAUACAUUGAAACAAGAGAGUACGAUAGUCAAGUAGUUGUACUUCUUCGUCGAAUGGUAUUUCUUGAAGAAUUAACAUUACGUCUCAACGUUUGUGAUCGAUUGACAUUCGUUGAUGCAACACAAUUGAAUAAUGAAAUUCUCAUUCAUAUGCCACGACUUCAAACAUUAACUUUUAAUAUUAUAACUUUCAUCAAAACAUUCAACGGAACAAAUCGAAAGACAAUCAACAACAUUCAAUAUACAUUUUAUAAUGGAAAAAACCAUCAACUCGUUUAUUAUGUUGAUUUUUAUGCACGUGGAAAGGCUCAAUCUCAUAUCUAUUCAAUUCCAUAUGUAUUAAAUGAUUUGAACAAUAUCAGUAGCAAUUUUCCUGGAGGAUUAUUUUCAUGUGUUCGUGACAUAUCAUUAAUUGAUAUUGAAUUUCCAUUUGAGCAUGAUUUCUUCUUGAAAAUUAGUCGUUGCUUUCCAUUACUUACUCAUCUAUUUGUCUUAAACAUAGUAUCACAAAAACACAAACGACCGUCUCAACUAAACACAACUGAUCAAAUCUCACCGAUUGUUGAAUUUCCUCAUCUGAUCAGUCUUCGUAUCUCUCAGGGAUGUAUUGAUUAUAUGGAGCAAUUUCUUAUUGAUACGAAUACACAUUUACCACAUCUUGUUGAACUUAAUAUUCAUUAUGAACAUUUAUUAAUUGUAACAGAAAAUUUCACUCGUAAUGCAACACGUAGAAAUUGUGUCAAUGUACAACAUUUGAUUUCCGACAGAUUAUUGGUACAUUCCAAAGAUUUUUAUUUAUACUUUCCUAAUUGUAAAUAA